AUGGAAGAACAGUGUGUAGCGAUGAGAACAGCAAGUUCCGAAGGUUAUACUAGUGUUCAAAAUAAAUCCAAAGAGUGUGAUAAGGAAAACUUUUCGAAACUACCUUUGGAUAAUGCGAUAGAUGGAAGUUCUAGUAUGAAUCCUAAAAUUUUACCGCAAGUGGAAACUGAACAACGGAUUCUAAAAAAUGUUAACAAUACGUCGAAAAUCAGUUGUGGGUAUAACGUUGUUUCAACUAUCGAAGAACAAUCAUUACAAAACAUAAGAGAUAGGUCCAAUAGUACAUCAUCAUCCAGUUCUUCUACGUCAUCAUCUUCAAGUUCCAGCAUAUCGUCGUCAUCAUCAAAGUCUUCUUCAUCAGCAGAAAAAAACGGAGGCGAAAUGAACAUUAACAGCUCACCUUCAACCAUACCAGAUAUAACAGAGAGACAAAUAAGAACUAUGAAAAUGAAAACAAAUUCCAAUGGUUUCGUAGAAGAAGAUCUUAGAGGGCGUUCUAUAAGCCGAACACCGAUUGACCCAAGUCUUGUACAAGAUAUUAAAAACCAUAUUAAUAGUAUACUGCGCAUAGAGUCCCACUAUCUAAGAUCUUCUACUACAAGAGAAUAUAUUGAUAAUAGCAAGAGUAUACAAGAACUAUGUAGGGAUUUUAAUAAUAAUCAAACCAAAGAAAAAACCUCACGCCCCACAGGGUCCACAUUGGAUGAAGAAUUUACCAAGACUAAAGCAGUUUCAGAAGAUCACUCUAUUACUAAUCAAAUAUCUACUGAAAAUAACAAAAGUAAUCACACUAAAGAGAUACUUGAUAACCUUAAGUUUGUUAACAUAAAUGUGGGUAAACCGCCUAAAAUAAGUAUUGAGAACAAUAAUCCUUAUGAAACGAACGGAUUAAUUCAUUACAUCUUAGCUACUUCCGCUUUAACUACAGGAACGGGAAGAACGGCAAGUAACAAUAAACAGUCAAGGGACUUCCUUAGUGAUGACGCAGUUCAAAACCAGAAUUCGAGAUCUGCUAAAUUAUUACCAAACAUAUUUGUUCCAAAUCCGGCAGUCCCUUCUAUACCAUACCCAUAUAUCCUGAACGUACCAGCUAUUCCACCAACUUAUUAUGAAAUUCUCGGUGGAUACAACAUGAAUGACAAUUUAAUAGUACCCUCAAAUCAAGCUAUUCAAACUCGACAGCAAUUGUUUCCAAACUUUCCAUCAUUUCCAUCAUUUCCAUCAUUUUCAUUUGAUAACAUUCAACUACAGCCUUUUUCACAAUAUUUUCCUGUUCUCAUUAAAAAUCCUUUCGUUGCGCUUGCACAAGGCGGUGGAUGGAGCAAUUUUAUCGAAUACGGACAAAACGCUGAUGUAUGCAAUAGAAAACAAAAAUCAGUUGAACUAACUGACGAAAAUAUUAACGAUGUUAAAACUUUAGCAGAAAAUAAAAAUAAAGUAACUAAUAAUGAAAAUAAUGAUGGUAUGAUUUUAACGACAAAAAAUGUUUCGAGACAAUCUCGUGCUAUUAAGAAACGAACGGUUCCUGCUAAAUCACCGCAGCAACAAGUAGAAGAUGUUGAAUCUAGUAAAAAGCUUUAUCCUACAAAGUCUAGCCCUACUCGUAAAACUACGAAAAGACCCGUGCUGGUUGAAGAGGAUGAAGAAUUAAAAAAUAGCGAACAGGAGGGUGAUUUGCGUUUUCCAUUUAGUGAUUUUUCUUGGUUUGGGAAUAAAAAACCUGUAGUACCGAGUCCUGGCUUUUUUAUAAAUAAACUUAGAGUUCGUAAAGGUGGUGUCGCCAUCGCUGGUCCUGGUGGAAUAGCAACCGCUGGAAGAGGUGGUACGGCUAUCGUUGGCCCUGGUGGGUUAGCUUACACCAAACCAGGUGGCUUAGCCAUAGCCGGCCCUCAUGCAAGAGUUGUAGCCUUAUCACCCUACGAUGACACCCUUCCCUCCAUAUUUAGACCUCAUCACCAUGGAUAUGAUUUCAGAUCAUACUACAAGCAAGUAUUGAAGAGCCUGAAUAAAUUCAUGCAGCAAGCUACAGUCGCUGAUGUUUUCAAUUACGACGGUGACAACAUCGUAGAUCAUCUCACUCAAGAACCAACUUUUGUAUUUCAUGUUAAACCCAGUGCCUUUUCUAUGAGUGGAAAAAACGGGAUCGCUAUCUCCAAUCCAAUAACAGAUGUUAUUGUACAGAAAGGUGUACCAGUCUCAAUCAUUAAUAAUCCACAAUCAGCAGCUAUUGCUGGACCUGGCGGUUUUGCCUACGCAGAAUCAGAACUAAAUUACAUCCCUUUCUACGGAGGCGCAAAGGGACAGUACUUAGAAGUGAAGAAAGAUACAACUGGAUCAAUCGUCAGUGAGAAAGUUGUUGCAGAGGAGAGUAUAAGCAGUGAAAAUAUAAUCAAGAACACUGAUGAAAGUUUGUUAUCAAAAGUAUUAGCUGCUAACUUACAAAGUCUUAGAACACUAUCGAACAACUUACUAAAGUUACAUAAUCUGGGAAAGAAAACCGGUGGUUUGAAAGAACAAGACAAGAAUAGAUUUAAGAGUCAAUUGUUCUCGCUUGGGGAAGCAGCUUCCAAUACAAUAAAGCUUAUCGAUGAGAUCAAUGAUGAUAUUGACGUACUUUUUAAAAAGAAUGUUACGCUUCUCAGGAAAUACGGUGAUAGCUAUUAUGACGAAGUAAGUGAAGAGGGCAUCAGCAUCGACCCUCCAAACUAUCCUGGAGAAUCUUUGAACGAGGCAUCAAUUAUUGCCGAAGCGAAGCCUGUUGGUUUGGCAGUGGUUGGUGAAAGCGGUGUAGCUGCCUCCCGGCCAAUUGCAACAGCGGUGGCAGCGUCUGGGGUUGCCAUUGCUAGACCAGUCGGCACCGCCAUCGCUGGCAUCGACCCAACUCUUCUCGGCAUCGAUUAUCACGUCAACCAUUCCGAACAAAAAGUUCGAUACAAGGGUCAAAAUUAUUAAAAUUAGCGCAAUUUGCUAAUGUUAUUAUUAAAAACAAUUUCUUCUCAUAAAUGGAUAUUAUUUGAUCAAGGAUUUGAAAUGGACAACGAUAAUUAAUUAAUAAUAAACGAAUUGUUUUUGGUAAUAAAUAAAACAUGGCUA